AAUGCACUGUAUUAAACAGACUCUUUUGCCGUCCUUCCCUCAUUUCCAUCCACAUCAAACCACUUAUUAUGUCUUUUCUUCAACAUAUUCCAAGCCCAUCUGUCUGGUGCUGAUAGCUGCUGCCGCAGAGCUCAGCAUGUCACAGGGAAUUCAGCAUUUCCAUCGAGGUCUAGCAGGUGGGAUUGCUGGAGCCGGUCCCUCUCUCCCCCCGUCUCUCCCUCACUUAGUCCUCAUCCCUCAGUCCUUUUGACUCAUUUGUGUGUAUGGGUGCUGAGGGCGAACAUGGACUCUCCGGGUCUUUUUGUCCUUUUAUGUCUUGGUGUUUUCGAUCAGGCAGCUGCUUCCUCCGUCGAGGAAAUCACCUGGUCCUACAGUGGUUUGAUUGGUCAAUCUGAGUGGUCAGAGUAUUUUCCGGAAUGUGGUGGCACUUCCCAGUCACCAGUGGAUGUAAUAACCACUCAGACUAGGUUCGAUCCCAGUCUGAGUCCGGUGACGCCCCUGGGCUACAGCCAACACGGCAACCAGCCCUUCACGCUGUACAACAACAGGCACACAGCGAUUAUUGAGAUGCCAGAAUGGAUGGGAUUAGGGGGGCUGCCAUGGCUCUUUACUGCGGUACAGCUGCACCUUCACUGGGGUAACGGAGGUUCCAACCAGCGAGGCAGUGAACACACCAUCAACGGGAUGAGUGCAGACGCAGAGCUACACGUGGUGCACUACAACUCUGAGCUGUACCCCAACAUGUCUGCAGCCAUGACGCAGAAGGACGGCUUGGCGGUUUUAGGGAUCCUCAUUGUGACAGGUGAGGAGACCAACCCAGGAUUUAACAACAUCCUCAACUACCUGAGUCGAAUCAAACACUUUGGACAAAAAGUGUUCAUCCCUGCAUUUGACAUCCAGUCCCUGCUCCCUGAGGACCUGGGACGCUACUAUAGAUACAACGGCUCCCUGACGACACCCCCCUGCUACCAGAGCGUCAUCUGGACAGUGUUUCAUGAAAGGGUUCAAAUCUCAAAGGCACAGCUGCUCAAAUUGGAGACAAUACUUUACUCCAGUAAAGCAGAAGACCCAGAGAAGAUGCUGCUGCAGGACAAUUACAGAGUAACUCAAGCACUCAACCAGAGAGUCGUCUUCACCUCCUUCUCUGCAGAUUCGGGGAAGGAGCUUUCCUCUGGGGAAGUGACAGCCAUAGUUAUAGGGGUGAUGUGCGGCUGUGUGGGCCUGGCAGUAAUCGUCCGCUUCAUCGUCAAGACAAUACGAUUUUUAAAAGUCCUCCACCUUGAGACAGUUGUGGUAAACAGUUCUACCUCUAGCUGGGACGUCCUGCACAAUAACCGGCCCGCUCCGAUGCCAAGGAUUAACGAACCAGAGAAGGAAAAGCAGAAAAAACAAGAGCUGGUUUUAAACUCGUCCUCUGCAGCUGACAGGAAGGAUGAGCCCUCUCCGUCCUGUAAAAGCGAGCCCUAGAUGGCUGCAACCUUUGCUUCAAGCUUGACACUUCAAGCCGUCUUGUCUUUGUUAUCAAAAGGCAACUAGAAAACAAUAAAUCUUAACCAGAAGUGACAGAGAGGUCUAGAGGCUGCUGUACUGAUGGUUGUUUUCCAGCUGUUUUCAUUGACAUCAGAAGUCAGUGCACUUGAUGUAAACAAGACAUUUAAGACAUGCGUCCCUCAUGUACGGUGAUAUAUUCAUGUAAAUACAUAAUUUAAUGAGGAAUAAAAUGUUGAAACCACAUUCACUACAUUAAAUCCAAUUGUUCUGUUUUGGAAUUAAUCCACUUUUUAUUCCUGCAAAGAUGUGAAGAUUUGAAAAAUGCAGGAUUUGGUUUUACAGAUUCUCUCUAAAUAUGUUCAAACUGAGCUUCAAUCAGGAGGUUUUGUUGUCAAACAGGGAAUUGUUUUUGUGCUGCUUUUGUUCCAUUGACAGAUCAUUUUUGGUUCUUUUUUUGAUAUUUAUGUUGUUAUUUUAUCUAACCUGCUAACAUCAGCAUCACAUUAAAACACAUGAAUGUUGACUGGAGUUCUUCAUUCUGAAGUCUUAGUUUCUACCCUUUAUAUUUCUUAAUAUUGUGAUACUAAUAUUAGCAAAGUGUUAUGACCUUUCACAUUAAGUCAGUGUUUAAAUGUUUUUAUCCUCUCGUUACAGUGAAGAAGGUUGUUUGAUUUUAAAUAUACAUCAUGUUUAUGUUUCAGUUUUUCCCCAUCUGUCGAUUUAAAAAUGCAGUUUUCAGAUGAUCCUAGUCAGGUUCUGUCAGGUUUUGUGGUGUGAAGAGCUCUAGAGAAGAAGACGGGUUCUCUGGAGGGAUGAAUCACACUUUUCCAUCUGGAAUCGGAUAGACUGUAGAUGUUUAUUAGUUAUCUGAUAGACAUCUAUGUCUAUUAGACAACUAAUAUAUCUAAUAACUAACACAUCUACAAUAGAUGAAUAUUAGUUAUUUAAUUUACAUACAUUAUGAGACUAUUCCUGUAGGUAACGCUCACAAAAGUAUAUUGUAGACACAGUAUCUAUUAGAUAUCUAAUAAAUAUCAUGUGUCCGGUAGGAAGAAACCACCCAAAUGGUGUGUUUACAACGCACAAGGUAUGAUGGGAGCACAUUGGAAUUAGGUGUGGAAAGCAGUCUGUUAUAGAUCUAAAUUGCAAUAUACAAUUGACAAAUUAAUGUCUAUCAGAUGCAUUUAAAUAUCUAAUAGAUGUGUCUAGUGCCUAGUGUGUGAAUACACAUCUUUGAAAUAAAGGUCAUAUCUGACUGAGGUGGUUUUGUAGAUGCACGAAAACGAAAAAAAAAAGACUUCUAAAGUUUUGUGACAGCCUGACUUUAGAAGGAAACAGUGCGGCCAAGAGAGCAGGGCUAUAUUUGGACAUAAUUUCUAGAACUCUACAAUAAGAGAAGUGAAUGAUGAAAAGAUAGAAACAGCAGAACGAAUUAGCAGAGAACGCAUCAACUGCUGUUAAAACAGGGUAAGUGUGUUCCCUUUGCUACAUCCCAAUAGUUUUGAAUGUUUUGUUAAAUUGUUAAUAAUACAAGUUUUUUUUUAUAAAUUAUCUAUUUAUAGAAGUAUAAAUGCAUUUCCAAAUAAAUGUAUUUUUUUCAUCUGCAGGACUCCUGGAUGAUGGCUGCUCGCACAGUUCUUCUCCUUUUUGCAGUUUGCCUCGGACAGCAAACCUCUUUUUACAACCUAAAACCCUGCCAGAAAUCCAACAACAACAAUGCCUACGACAGAUUCAUCAGACGCCACAUUCCACCCAACAGUCCAACCACUCUCAACAAGUCUGUCUGGGAGAGAUUCAUUAAGAAUCAUGGACUCUGUGAGAGAUCUGUACAGUCAUUUCUUCAUCCAAAUGAUAAGAACAGAGUGAAAGCUGUCUGCACAAAAAGAGGAGGGAAAGUGUACGAGGGGAAUCUGUGCAUCAGCCUGAAGGAGUUCAGUUUCAUCACUGUGAGGUACGGAGUGGGAAGCUGUCGUGUCAAAAGUGUUAGAAAGGAAAAAAAACAAACAUCUGAUCCUGGCUUGUGAUAAAGUGAACAACAAGUGCCUGCCCGUCCACUUUGAGAAAAAUCCUGAUAAUGAAAAGCCGAGUGAAGAUGCCAGACUCUGUGGGGCUCCGAGACGCUGGGCUGAAUAGGACUUGAUAUCCUGUUAACCAUAUGAACAAAAUGUAUGACUACAGUUGAUGUAGAAAUUAUGUUGACAUGAUUCUGUUUAAUCUUUUUCCCUUCCAUGUGAUCAAAAUGAGUCAUUUAGUUGAUCAACAUUACUGUAACUAAUGCAAACUUAUUAUUAAAUGGAAAGCAAAUGAA